AUGACGGCAUCACUUCGUCGAAUGCUGAGACGUUAUGGCAUUGACACCAUGAGCAAGCUCUGCCGAGCCUCCGGUGUGAGGAACCUGCCGCAGGAGGUUUUCCAGCAGCUGCGUCGGCAUGCGCAGCACCAACGAGGCGAGAUUGAAGUCGCCGGAGCCUUCAUCACAGCCUCUCAGGAAUCUGGUGCGGUCGUUGAUGUCGUUGCAGGCAGCCACCCGUCUCAGAACGUUUUCUUGGUUGGGCAGUACGGGGGUCCUGAAUUUUGCGAAUUCCAAGCCACUUCCGUUGAUUUGCAGCGCUUCGUCAUGCAGAUGGUGAGUGUGUCCGAAGUGUACUACUUCGGUCGCGGAGUCUGUGAGCACAUUCUGCUCUCAUGCCUGACCCUGGAUCGGGCAGACCUGGUGGGCAAGGUCGUUGAGCACAUGUACGGCAAGGCAAUGUGGAUUGAUAUCCAAGCACAGCUCCAAAGUGUUUGCAUGAGCGAGUCAAUGGAAGACAUGCUGAAGCUACUUGCUGGGCGGCAGGAUCACCAAAGCUUCCAUCGUUUGCCAGAGCUCAUUGAGCUUGCCAACAGCCAGGCCUUGCAGCAAGAACAGCGCCGCGAGGCCAAGCAACACUUUUGCAACGUGGCGAAGGCGAAGAUCAAGGCACUGCAGCGAUUGUCAGCUUUUGCCAAGAGCCGUGGCAGAUGUUCUCCUCAGGAGCAGAGCCCCCUCAUCAAAGAUCUCUUGUGCCUGUCUGGAGGUUUCAAUGGCAAUCGUCUCGGCAACGUGGGAGGCUGGCCGCAGCAUGUGUGGGACAUCGCCAGGAAGUGGCCAGACUACUUCAAGCAUGACCACCUCUGGAGUCUGGUCGAUGCCAUCAACCUGUUUGCAUCUCCUGAAAACGCUUGGACUUCGCACGUUUUGUGCUUGUCCAACUUGACUUGUGCAGAGGAGAAUGCGCAGGUCAGGCGUUUUCUUGAUCGCAAAUUCAUGGUGGAGGAGCUGGAACUUACCUAUACAUGGGACAUGGAUCAGGAAACCACAAUCAAGGACAAGGAUGAGGUUCUGGUGCGUGGGGAUGCAAGCAUGAGAGGCAAGGUGAAAAGCAUCAACCACAAGGGCAACGGAAGGCAGUCCCAGAUUGUCCUCGUUUUUGACACACGAUUUGGCAAGAACCCAAACCUGCAGCUGCUGAUAAGUCCUGUCUACAAGCAGAUAUGCAUCAUGCAGGCAAAGUUCUCUGUGCAGAAUGGCGAGAACAUUAUGACAAAAGCGGUGGAGCAGAGGAUUGCAGACCUGGUCAUGCAGCAGUGGGUUGACAUUCAGCCAAGCUUUCGAGGCUUCCUGCUGCGCGAGGCUGUCCGAGAAGAGCCCAUGCGAGCAGAGCAGACCAACGACGUUGUCAACGGCAUGGAUGGCCAGUAUUUGAUCAUCCAAGGAACAGGAAAGACGUUCGCAUCAGCAGGGACUGUCCAGAGUAUCUUGCGCAAUCGGCCUGGGGCGCGUAUCCUUGUUUCGUCCAACAGCCACAAAGCCAUCCGAAACUUGCUCAAUGCUGUGGCCAACCUGGAUGUUGGUGUGGUUGGCAAAGUGGUGAGCCAAGAUGAAACGGAGCAGGAGAUUCGUGCAGAAGGUUGUGUGCCCGUGGCAAAUGGAAGGAUGAUCAGUCUGCCAUUCGGCUGUGCAGUGGCAGGCGGUACAGCCUCGCAGCUGAUGAAAGUAUCUGGAGCUUUCGAUUUCAUUUUCGUGGACGAGGCGGGGCAGGUAACGCUCGAACUUCUGGCUGUUCUGGCCAACCUUGCAAGGAACCUUGUGCUUGCAGGCGACCAACAGCAGCUGGCCCCUCCGGUCCAGGAUCGGCUGAAGCUCACCGAUGCUGGUGGCAUCAGCUGCUUGACUUUCUUCACACAAGGAGAGGCGAUCGUAAGCCCACACUGCGGCAUCUUCUUGUCCUGUACAUACAGGAUGAGCGACCGCCUGACGGAGGUCAUUUCCAACAGUUUCUAUGCUGGUGGGCUGGAAGCUCAUCCACGCAACAGUGGCAACCGUGUGAUCCUCUCGGAAGGCUUGCUUACGAUGGAGACUGGUGCUGAGUUUGUGCACGUGCCGCACGAGAGCAAUGUCCAGUCGUCGGAGGACUUCUUGGCUCUUUGUUCACGCUAG